UUAUCCAGAAAAGAAUGGAAUUGAAAUUGGAAGAGUUGUUUUUAGUGAUGAAUUCACUCCUGAAAAUAUUAUUAAAAGUUUUGGUAGUGAAGCACUAAAUUAUGAAGAAGCUUUUGGUUUUACUUACCAAGAAAAUGAAGAAUUAAAAGUAAAGGAUGCUCUUCUAGAAAAAAAGGUUGUUAAGUUACAGCAAAUUAAUCAAGAGUUGGAAGAAGCAUUAGAACUAGAAGUGAAAACAUCUAAAUAUCAUUUAGAGGUUCUUGAA